UGCAUGAUUGAGAUAUACUGCAAAUAUUGGGAGGCAUAUAAAAUGAGAAGAGACCUGUGGUCUAUUAGAAAAGGAGCUUUCUGUAUGCUGCGUUGUCAACAAAUAUGUCAGGUGUUGAUCCUUUAAGACCCACAGACAACUUUUGGAUCUGCCAGUAAGCAAAAAAAAAAAAGAUCAGAAAGAGUGUACGGCCGGUGAGCAAGCAUGGGCUGCAUGGCAUCGGUGUUGGCUAUCGGAAUGACAGGUGAAGGACUGAAACCCUGACGUGCAGGCCGGGCCAUUGGUUAGCCUGACCAAUCCUGGUAGGUGUCUGCCAUUUAUGAUGGCUGGGCUGGCUCUCGGAGCAACUCUCUCCAAUGAGGGCUUUCCGUCAUUGAUGCCGGUGCAGACCGUUUUUCUUCGCCUUGCUCUCAGCAGCUAGCUCUUUGAUCCCUGUUGGAUUGGAUGGAGGUCCGUGGCAGUGCACCCAGCAUGAAGCCAAAGGUGGAGCCGCCGUUGGAGGCUUCACACGACUGGGAGGUGACCCCGCUGUCCGGCGACAACCCCUUCUUCACCAGCGUCAUGCGCAAGAGCCAAGUCCAGAACCCCUUUCAGCUGGUCAUCCCGGUUCGCUUCCACCGCCACCUCCCGGAGGCGCGCGCGCCCGCGGUGCUCCUCUGCCGCGACCGGUCGUGGACGGUGAGCUACGCGGGCGUCGGCAAGUGGAAGAGGCUCCAGGGGGCGUGGAGGGACUUCGCCCGCGACAACGGGCUCCGCCUCGGGGACGCCUGCGUCUUCGAGCUCCUUGUGCCCAGUACUGAUGCAACCCAAGGAGACGGAGACGGCAGCAAGGAUCAGGGGGAGGUGGUGUUCCGUGUGCAGGUGCUCCGCGGCGGCCUGCCGGCUGAGAUCACCUCCCGGGGCGCCACCUCCGACGAUCCACUCGUCAUUGUGGACUAGAUCCAACUGCGGGGAGAGUAGUACGUAGUAGACUAGUAGUGGUGCAGUGCAGUCUGUAGAGGAGACGAGACGCUCAGGAGCUAGGUAGCAUCGUCGUUGUAUUUUGUUGUUGCCCCUGCUCUAGCUAGCUCGCUGGUCCUCGUGGAUCUUGUAGCCAGUUUCUUUCUUUCAGCUGCAGACCUUCCUCUUCCUGUGGACACGGUUGCUCCAUCACCAAGUGUGCUGAUGCUACCAGCUUUCUGCUGUGACAGUACAUAGUAGACGCUAUCACCAAGUGUGCUGAUGCUACCACAUUCCAGUAGACGCGGCAUGCUUGAAGAGAUGUGUUCAAUGAGCAUCAUCCUUUGUGUCCA